AUGGAGUAUGCCAUACGCACUGUACUUGAUUCAGCUACAUUGCGGACAACUCUUCAGGUAGCUCGUCCUGUAAGUAAAAAAUCCCUGAUUUUACCCUUGCUAGAUGUUAUUGGUUACUUGUGGUUACAAUAUCUACAUGAGUUGAAACAAAACUUUCCUGAUAUGUGCCCAUGGAAAUGGUGGGUUCGGUAG